UCACAAUUCGCAGCAGAUUCGCGGCGUUUUUAGAAGUAUUGAAUUCUUCUUCGGUUUUAUUUUUCCCACAAGCAAGUGCUGAGAGUGCAUUUUAUCGCGCGUUAUGUUCGAUCCAUCAGCGAAAUGCACACACGCGAUUCAAGAGGAUAUUAUUCUGCAAUGACAUGCUGUGCUGAAUAUAAGACGGAGCCACGGAAAUGCCCAUUGUCGCGACGCUUGGCCUCUCUGCUAAUUGAAAUUUGGCUCCUGGCUUGAUUGCCACAGCGGCUGGGGCUGUGAAGCGUCCGUCGCCUUCCCUUCAGUCGCUCCCUUGCUUCAGUCCAGUAAACAUGCUUUCCCUACAUGUGCUUCUGGUGUCCAGCUCUUUUCUCCUGUUGAAUCUUCCACCUGUUCUGCAAGGCUAUUCUCUAACAGGAAUGAGUUUGGAACCCAAAACGCCGACGAACUUCAAUCUGAAACUGGAAACUGUUGAUUUGAUAAAAGUUGUGAACAAAGUGCCUGAGAAGUGCAAUGAGCCUGUUUUCUCUGCCGACCAGCCCUUGGACAACUGCGACCCUCUCGGAGGCUCUUUCCCAACACACAACCUUAUUUGCCAAUGUCCCGACAGGAAUAGAACUGGCGUUAGGUUGGUGUGUUUUGGAAAAUCUUGGAGGUUGUGGCCUGCUGAUCACGAAGAAUAUCCUUGCUUGAUAGUAUCUAGACCGGUCUCAACCACCACAAGAGUGCCGUACUUCAAGGGCCAACUCUCGAUUCUCGAAGAUUUGAAGCACGCCACCAAAGACGCGGUCAAAGACUUUGGCAAAACAAUUUUGCACAGACUAGCCGACGGCUUGGUUAAUAAAACUUUGACCUAA